GCAACAAUGCGGAAAAGUACAGCACUGAGUGUUUUCAUCCUUCUUCCCGGCUGCAUGCUGGCUGUCACAGGAUCAACCUUUUGGUCAACAAUCUUAGAUAUUGGUGACAAGUGCAAAAAGCCUCAGCAGACUCAUUUGUUGAUUAAACUACUGAAGUUAAAGCCAACAGAGACUGAACUUGCUCCUUUCAUCUGUCUUGGAAUAUCCAAGAGCUUGAAGGUAUGCACAGAAGUCUUCUCUACAGAUCGUUGGAACUGUUCACUAGAACCUACCAGUUUUCUCAAAGUCGUGACAUCAGGCACCAAAGAGCAGGCAUACAUCUACUCAUUUGUCAGUGCAGGAGUUGUGAAAGAAGUGGCACAAGCUUGUGCUGAAAACAAACUGCCUCAUCAAUGUCCAUGCACGCUAGAUCCUUCAACAACUGGAAGGUACCAUCAAACAGGUUGCCCUGACAAUUACACCUAUGGUAACUGGGUGGUAAAGAACAUUCUGCAGCCAGUUAUAAAUGAGGGCAACAACAGCAAAACACGAUAUAUAAAUGGCCACAAUAUAAAUGUGGGAUCAGAGUUUACAAAAAGAACUAUCACAACAAAAUGCACUUGUGAACCUUGGUACUCAUGUAAUGUCAGAAUCUGCAGAAACUGUGUGAGGUCAUUGUCUUAUAUCGAAAAUCAAAUCAAAUUCCAAAACAGCAACUUAAAAAUCAGAAAACAGUUUCAGACCAGAAAAAGAAGGGACAAGCAUAUAGAGUUGCUCCAUGAAAAUGCAUCUCCAGAUUUCUGUUCACAAAACAAUAGUACAGGCAGUUUGGGAACAACAGGUCGAGUCUGUGAAGACAACUGUGACCAUCUCUGUUGUGGUCGAGGUCACUAUACAAAGACUGUAAUAAAGUUAAAGACAGUCUGUCGAUUCCGAUGGUGCUGCAGAGUUUUCUGUGACAAAGAGCUCACCAAUGUGAAACAGCAAGAGUGCCAAUGA